AUGAAGCGCUCUACUCUGGUCCGCAAGAGCCGCCACCAUGGCAACAGCACCAACCGUGCCCCUGGCAAGGUGGACCUUCGCCACUCCUCCAACACGGCCCAAGCCGACUAUGGUUCGUUUGCCCGACGCAAGCCCAGUUCGACCAUGGAACUACGGGUCAUGGCCACCAGUUUGGAACGCCGAUUGACGGCAUUUCCACGAGCAUCGUUUACCAUGGACAAGUUACGCUUUGAAGGACUGGGGUUGGUAGGUCGCGACCACGAGACAGCCGUGUUACAACAAUGCUUGCUGGAUACUACUGCACGUACCGUAAAUCAACUUGUGCUCAUUCAGGGAGUGUCAGGGUCGGGCAAGUCGGCGUUGGCGCAGACAGCACUGACGACCAAAGCAAAAGUCUUUGUCAUGAGCAAAUUCAGUAGAGAUCGCAGUGACCAACCCUACAGUACCAUCAUUACGGCCUGUCAUGACUUGGCCACCAAUCACCAAAUAGUGGAACACCAACUCAUUCCAGAGCAGUUGCAGAGUCAGCUAGGGGCCUUUGAAAUACAGCUGCUGGUGCACGCGGUCCCCAGUCUAGGAUCCUGUUUUGUGUCCCCACAAAAAUCACAAUCCAGCAAUGAGCCUGGUACAAACAACAGCAACACCUAUGCACAACAAGGAGGAGGAGGAGGAGAGAAUCGAGAUUUGCUGGAGAGUGCCUUUCGCAAAUUCUUGCGCAUUGUUAGUGCCAAUCUGGCUCCUCUGGUUCUUGUCAUCGAUGACCUUCAGUGGGCAGACUCGCAAACCAUUGGCUUUAUCAAAGGACUCACGUUGGAUACCCACAAUCCAAACUUGCUCCUGGUGGGAUGUUAUCGAUCCAAUGAAGUGGACGAUACCCACAUUUUGUCACAAAUGGUACGAGAACUCAAGCAGCAAGAAUUUGACACAAAAGUGGAGAUUCAUGAACUAGACUGCAACAGUCUCGAGGAGGAUCAGGUAAACCAGAUUCUCAUGAGACUGCUAGACUCGGAGGAUGAUGCCGACAAGACAUUGCCAUUGGCCAAGCUCUGUCAUGCUCGCACCAUGGGGAAUGCAUUUUUCCUGCUCGUCUUUAUUCGCAUGCUGGAAAAGGACAAGCUAUUGACAUUCAACUACGGGACGUUCACAUGGAAGUGGGACAUCGAUACCAUUCUAUCCAAAACAGCCGCCACAUCCAAUGUUGUCGAACUGCUCACGAACAAAAUCAAGGCACUCUCGCCCGACUUGGUUUUACUGCUGCAGUUGGCAUGCUGUUUGGGAACCGAAUUCCACGCAUCUGCAUUGUUCUUGGUGUGGGCCACGUCGUCGUCGUCCCAAGUGGAGGAUAAUGAGACCAGGGCCAAGGACCAGUGGUUCAAGAAACUCCUGGAAGGAGCCAUACAAGAGCACUUUUUGGAACGUGCCGAUGAAGGGUGUUUGCGAUGGGUCCAUGAUAAGGUUCAGGAAACGGUCACAGCAUUGGAUAGCCAAGAAGAACUACUCAAGCGAAAACAAUCCGUGGGUCGAUCUCUCUACAAAUGUUUGGACGACGAGGACUUUGAAGAAUCACUCUUUGUGGUUACCGAUCUACUCAAUUGUGGCGCAUCAGAUUUGGGAUUGGAGCUUGCCAAACUCAAUCUGAGGGCCGCCAAAAAGGCCAACGCGUUGUCAGCGUUCAAGCUCCAGGGAAACUAUGCACAAGCGGGCAUCGAAAACCUACCCGAGAACGAUUGUUGGUUGUAUCAUAAGGACCUGGCCGUGGACCUGUAUUCCAUGCAAGCCCAAGCUGCGAGCAACACGGGCGACUUUGACACCAUGCACCAAAGUUGCCAGAUUGUGUUGAAACACCCCCAGUGCUCCAUGUUGGACAAAAUCCCGUGUUACAACGCAGAGAUCCAUGCCCUUGCCAGAACCAGCAAAAUCGAUGAAGCCAUGAUGCUCACUGUCGAAGUUCUCAACAUGUUGGGAUGCAAAAUUCCACUGGGAAAAGGAUCGCAGAUACGAGCUGCCAUCAAGUCUCUGCUGCGUUUCAAAAGGCAAAUGAAAAAGAAAACACCCACUCUCGAGGGACUCGCUCUGAUGCCGUUGAUGACAGACCCAGUUCAGAAGGCAGUCAUGAAGCUGUUGGCUGGAGCUGCCACGUUCGCUUAUCACACCAAGGCAAUGCCGUUGUGGUUGCUGUUUACAACAACCAUGUACUACUUGGCAGAUCACUCUCAAACAGCAUUUGCGUCAUGUGGCCUCAUCGCCAUGCACGUGCUGGGGAACUGGGAGAUGGGGGUGCACUUUGCCUCACUGGCUUGCAAAAUGAAUGAGCACCUACAAGAGUCCUCACAAGAAGCUGCUGCAAUUGCUGUCUCUCGUGGUUUGAUUAUCAAUUGGAGACAACCCUCACGAAGCCAGCAAAAGUUCUUGGAAGAGGGGUACGAGAAAGGAAUGGCAGUGGGAGACCUUGAGUGGGCUUUUGCGUGUGUUGUGUUUACGAUUGAAGUAUCAUUCACCAGUGGUCAAAAGCUGGGCUCCGUUUUGGAAGAUAUCAAUACCUAUCUUCCCCAAUGUGAGGCUUUGCAUGCAAGCAAUGACUAUGCCUGGAUGAUCCGAUCAAUUUGGCAAGCCAUUAUGAACCUGACUCAAAAUGCAAAGGACCCAUGUGUCCUCACAGGCGAUGCCAUGAAAGAAGAGGAUAUGGUUGGUGCUGUACCUACGACUCACACUGUCUUUCAUAUCCUGAAGCAUUUUGUUUGCGUUGUCUUUGGCAACUACGAACUCGGGGCAGAACUUGCACUUGAGAGGGCCAAGGUCAAAACGAUGGGUCCCAUGGGACCAUGUGAUCAUUUCCUUAGAGCUUUGUCUUUCUAUGCCGCGAUGAACUCUUGCCACAGCAAGAGCCAACGGCGCACGUUCAGGCGCGCAGCCAAGGCCUCCCAUAAAGUGGUCAAGACGCUGGUCAAGAAGGGUAGCGUCAAUGUGCUCCACCACUUGGAGCUAUUGAACGCUGAGCGGGCAGCACUUGAUGGUGGCAAAAAUGUCAACGAUCUCUACAGCGCUGCUGGACGCAGUGCCACUCGUGGCGGCUACAUCCAAGAUGCUGCUAUUGUCAGUGAACGACAUGCUUUGUUCUUGAUGGAACGCAAUGAUGAUGCUGGAGCCGCCUUUCGGAUGAAAGAUGCUGUAGAAUGCUACCAUGCCUGGGGUGCAACUGCGAAAGUCAACCAAUUGAGGGAGAAAUAUCCGCAGUUUCUAGAUUUUUGA